AACUUUCUUUCCUUUUAAAAAUUGUCGUAGAAAUAAUGUCAAGACUAUGCAAUGAUAUAAUUAUAUUAAUAUUGGAAGAAUUACAAGAUGAUGUUAAAUCUUUAUAUUCAUGUCUUUUAGUUAGUAGAACUUGGUGUAAACUGACGGUACCAACUUUAUGGAAGAACCCUUCUAAACAAUGUCGUCUAACCGAUAAUGCACGUAAAAUUUUAUUUAAUGUAAUAAUUUCACAUUUAUCAGAAGAAUCAAGAAAUAAUUUGAAAAAUAAAGAAAUUGAUUUUUUUUAUGAAAAGUAUCAAAGACCUUUAUUUAAUUAUAUUAGUUUUUGGAGGCAUUUAAAUUUACAUUUUUUAGAAUAUAUAAUGAAUAUUUUUAUAAAAAAUUUUGAAAUAUCUAAAAAAUCUAUUAUAGGAAUUGAAAUAAUGAAAUUAUUUAUUAAUAGUGAAACAAAAUUUGUUUCACUUUUUAUUCCAAAAACAAAUUUUUGUCAUAUUUCAGGGGAUGAACAUUGCUUUUCAGAAAUUGAAUACCUUGGUUGUGAUUAUAAUGAUAUCAAUAGUAAUAUUUUGGAAAGAUUGGCUAUAAUAAGUACUUCAAUUAAAGUAUUGGGUUUUAAUUAUAAGUACAAUGAUACCAUUAGUCAUGGAAUAGUUAAAUUAAUUGAAGUUCAAAAAAAUCUAAAAGGAAUCAAUUUCGUCUCAACAAUGCCAAGGAAUAAACCAUAUCGUAAAGCACUUGAAGAAUCGAUAAUCAAAUGUGCAGAUACUGUUCAAUAUUUGAAAAUAAGUUGGAGUCCUGUUACAAAAUUUCUUUCAUAUCUUGUAAAUUUAGUAAGAUUAGAAAUAAAAUCUACUUGCGACUCAGAUUGGAAUCAUUUAAUUAAUGUAUCUUUACCUUGUUUAAAAUUUUUAAAAGCUCAAAAUAUUCCACCAAUUGUUUUAGAAAAUUUAAUUGAAAAUACAAAAGGUUAUCUUAUUGAAAUUAUUAUUCUUUAUCGAAUUGAAGAUGAUGGAAAACUUAUUCGAAAAAUUUAUCAAAAUUGUCCAAAUCUUAAUUAUCUUAAAUUAAAAUUAUCAAAUAAUGAAUUUUUAGAAUUUAAAAAUUUAUUAAUUAAUUGUCAAUUUUUAAUUGGAUUAGAAAUUAUAGGUUAUACUAUUGAUUGGGAUAAUUUACUUGAACUAUUGAAAUUUUCAUCUAUUAGUUUAUUUAAAUUUAAAUUUACUGCUUAUUUUGAUAUUUGGGAAGAUAAUUUGAAACAUUUAAAAUUAUUUCUUGAUAAUUGGAAUGAUAGACAUUCUAUGUUAUUACAUAUAACAACUGCAAUAAGAUUUUUAACUCUCAGGCCUAGAAGACAACAACAACAACAACAUGUUCUAAGGCAAAGAUUAAAAGAAUUAUUACAAGAAUAUAAAGUAAAAAGUAUAAUUAAAGAUUAUAAUAUUGAUGGAUUUGGUUUUAAAGAAUUUGAAUGGAACAAAUAAAAAAAAGUGUUGUUAAUUAUAUAUACUAUUUUAGGAAUUUUUUUAAAUGAUUGGAAAUUUUUAUAAUUAUUAUGAUAGUAUUAGUAUUUUAAUAUUUAUAUGUAUUUUUUGUUU